AUGUUUGGACGCAUGCCAAGGAAGACCAGCAACAACACCAAGUACUACGAGGUGCUUGGUGUAUCCAAGACAGCAACCCCGGAUGAGUUGAAGAAAGCUUACCGGAAAGCUGCUAUAAAAAACCAUCCUGAUAAGGGCGGAGACCCUGAGAAGUUUAAAGAAUUGGCACAAGCUUAUGAUGUUCUCAAUGACCCUGAAAAGAGGGAGAUUUAUGACCAAUAUGGAGAAGAUGCAAUCAAAGAAGGGAUGGGAGGCAGCGGCGGCGCUGAUAUGCAUAGCCCCUUUGACAUAUUCGAACAGCUAUUUGGGGGUGGCGGCGGCGGCUUUGGAGGGGGUAGCUCGAGAGGACGCAGACAAAAGCGUGGUGAAGAUGUGGUGCAUACCAUGAAGGUUUCGUUAGAAGACUUGUACAAUGGUGCUACCAAGAAGCUAUCUUUAUCACGGAAUGUUCUUUGUGGAAAAUGCAAGGGAAAGGGAUCCAAGAGCGGGGCAACGGCUACUUGCAGUGGUUGUCGUGGUGCAGGAAUGAGGAUGAUAACAAGACAGAUCGGACCUGGCAUGAUCCAACAGAUGAAUACUGUUUGCCCUGAAUGCAGAGGAUCAGGCGAGAUGAUAAAUGACAAGGAUAGAUGCCCAAGCUGCAGAGGGAACAAAGUAUCCCAGGAGAAGAAGGUCUUGGAGGUUCAUGUGGAGAAGGGAAUGCAACAUGGCCAAAAGAUUGUAUUCCAGGGUGAAGCUGAUGAAGCUCCUGAUACAGUGACAGGAGACAUUGUUUUUGUCUUGCAACUUAAAGAGCACCCAAAAUUCAAGAGGAAGUCGGAUGACCUAUUUGUUGAGCACACGAUCUCUCUGACUGAGGCUCUCUGUGGCUUUCAGUUUGUUCUGACCCAUCUUGAUGGUCGGCAGCUUCUGAUCAAAUCCAAUCCUGGGGAGAUCAUCAAGCCUGGCCAGCACAAGGCCAUAAAUGAUGAGGGCAUGCCCCAGCACGGCCGGCCUUUCAUGAAGGGUCGCCUGUUUGUCGAGUUCAGCGUGGAGUUCCCUGAGCCCGGAGUACUGACCCCUAGCCAAUGCAAGUCACUUGAGAAGAUCCUGCCGCCUAGGCCAGGGAGCCAGUCGUCGGACAUGGACGUGGACCAGUGCGAGGAGACCACCAUGCACGACGUGAACAUCGAAGAGGAGAUGAGGCGCAGGCAGCAUCAGAGGCGGCAAGAAGCAUAUGACGAGGAAGACGAUGACGAAGGCGGUGCACCAAGGGGUGUGCAGUGCGCCCAGCAGUAA